GAGAGUAUGAGGGGCCAGUUUCUUCUCACAACCACAAAUAAUUCUUCUGAGAACCUGUUAGACUCAAACCUGUGAAAUAUAUCUGAAAUGAGAGUUUCCAGAUCCAGAAUGAUACUCUCUCAUCUGGGCACUCUGUUCCUGUUUAUCCUGUGCUGUGUGUUUGGCGAUGAAAUGAAGUCAGUAUCGGUGACUGAGGGAGAUUCUAUCACGCUUAAUACUGAUAUUAAAGUACAGAGUAAAGAUAUGUUAUUGUGGAUGUUUGGACCACAAGAGACUCGCAUUGCUGAAAUAUAUAACCAGAACAUGUUUAUGUAUGAAAGUAAUGAGAUAUUUGGAGACAAACUGCAGAUGGACAAUCAAACUGGAUCUCUGAUCAUCAGAAACAUCAGAACUGAACACACUGGACUUUAUAAACUACUGAUCAUCAGCACCAGAGGAAACUCAGACAAGAGAUUCAGUGUCAGUGUCUACGCUUAUCUGCCUGUUCCUGUCAUCACUACAAACUCUUCACAAUGUUCUUCAUCUGAAAGAUCAUCAGUUCAGAAUUGUUCACUGCUGUGUUCAGUGUUGAAUGUGAGUCAUGUGACUCUCUCCUGGUUCAAAGGAAACAGUUUAUUGUCCAGCAUCAGUGUGUCUGAUCUCAGCAUCAGUCUCUCUCUUCCUCUGGAGGUGGAAUAUCAGGAUAACAACACCUACAGCUGUGUGAUCAACAAUCCCAUCAACAACCAGACCACACAUCUGGACAUCAGUCAACUCUGUCACAUGUGUCCAGACUCUGUUCAGUAUUGUGGUUCUACUGAAGCUGUGAUCCGAUUGGUUCUCUCUGCUCUGGUGGGCGUGGCUGCAGUUGCUGCUGCAGUUUAUGACUUCAGAUCCGGAAGAGAGUUUGAAGUUUUCAGACACAGUUGGAGGAAUACGGUAUCAAACGCUGCUGUUUUCUGUCUGUGGAUUUUUUUCACAAAAUGUGUGUCUGGAGUUUAUACAGAUGAAACAUAUGAGAUGAUAUCAGUGAUGGAGGGAGAUUCUGUCACUUUAAACACUGAUGUUACUGAAAUACAGAGAGAUGAUAAUAUACUGUGGAUGUUUAAACUCCAAAAUUCAGAGACUCGUAUCGCUGAAAUCUAUAAACAGACCAUCUCUAUAUAUGAUUAUAAAGAGACUAAUGAGAGAUUCAGAGACAGACUGAAGAUAGAUGAGCAGACGGGAUCUCUGACCAUCACAAACAUCAACAAAUUACACUCUGGACUUUAUAAAGUACAGAUCAUCAAUGGAGGAAUCAAACACAAGAGCUUCAAUCUUGCUGUCUAUGCUCUUUUGACUGUUCCUGUCAUCAGUGUUUCUCCUCAAAACCCUUCAGUAUCAGAAAUAUCAUCAGGUCAGAAUUGUUCGCUGCUGUGUUCAGUGUUGAAUGUGAGUCAUGUGACUCUCUCCUGGUACAAAGGAAACAGUUUAUUGUCCAGCAUCAGUGUGUCUGAUCUCUGCAUCAGUCUCUCUCUUCCUCUGGAGAUUGAGUGUCUGGAUGAUUCAUACAGCUGUGUUGUGGCGUAUUCAUUCAAUAACCAGACUAAACAUCACUGCAUCACUGAUCUCUGUCGGCCAUGUUCAGAAAACGUCCAGCGUUUAUAUUUCAUGCCACUUAUAAGUGUUUGUGUGCUGCUGCUGCUGUUGUUCAUUUCUUCAUGUGUGUUUUACUGCUGCUGCAGGAAAUGCAACCAAGAAAAACCAAAGGAUGAGAAAAGUCUGUCAGAAUACACACAGAUCAUCUACCGUCUGCAGAUCACUGAUCAUCACCCACAAUACACCACAACUCAUCACGACUGAUUUAUGAUUAAUUAAUUUCAUUUCACAGUCAUGAUGAAUGUUAAC